AUGAAGACUGGUGCCAUCAUUCUCUCUCUCCUUGCGGCCACUGGCCUUGCAGUUCCCAUGCAAGCUCAGCAAGCCAACGAUGCUAAGAUGAUGGAUCAGAGCAACAUGGUGCAGCAAAUACAAAUGGCCGCUGACGGUCUAUUCGACCCCCCUCGCAACGGUAACGGCAACAUCAUCGGUGACAUCUUUGAUACCGCUGCUUGUAUCCUCGGUAGUUUCGUCGGCGGCCGCAGUUGUCCAUCACGCAUUCCAAGUAGCACUACUGUUAACAUUACUGGCGAUGAUCACCAUAACGACAACGCCAACGUCAGCACGAGUGCCUCGUACCAGUACUCCUACUCCACCGACAGCGAUGGAAACUACCACAUCCAGAUCAACCCCGGCGGCAACAAGUCCAACUGCACUUAUACUGUUUCCAAGGAUGAUGCUGCAGUUUUGGCCAACACCAUCAACCAGCUUGCCACCAAGUGCCUCAGCAAAUAA